UGUCCGCCCACCUCUCGGCACCUGCCCCCACAGCAGUCCCCGGGCAGGUGGAGCUAAGGCCAGAACCCACCUGUGCCCCGAGCAGCCCGGCCUGUGGGCUGUGCUGAGACCCGCUUCACGGUCUAUGCAGCCAGAGUCUAUGAGCCACGGGCCUCUGCUCCGGAACACGGGCAGCCGGCCCGGGAGGGGAGCCCAGGAGAGGCCACUUCCUGGGACCUAACGCUGUCUGGCUGACAUUGGGAUUGGGCGUUUAUGGGAGACCCGGGCCUGGGUGGGGCAGGGGUGCAGAGGCGCCACCCUGUUGGCAAACAGGACGGAGCGCCGGGCAGGUCUGUGUGUCCAGUGACAGCAGGCAGGCUGACAGAAGGUGCCACUCUGCACAGGCGGCUCCUCUGAGCGGCCAGGCCGGGAGAGAUGGGCCAGGGCCCCUCAGGACAGCAGGGCCAGAGACCCCCGGCGCAGGCACCUGCCGGGCAGGGAGACACGGAAACCAGCCGCCCGCAGCCGCCGGCCCUGCAGGACCGCCACGAAUGUGCACGCGUGUCCGAGGCCAUCAGCCGGGGCAUGGCGCACGCGGCCCACAAGCUGCAGGAGUACCUGGGCUUUGAGGACCCCCUGAGCAACCUGAGCCCGGCCCCCAGCACCCUCAACGAGAUCUUCCUCAUGCACUUCAUCAGCUUCUGCCGGAAGCAGAACAUGGACGCGUGGCUGACCACCACCAAGAUGACCGCGCACCAGGCCUCCCUCUUCGGGGCCGACUGGGUCUGGACCUUCUGGGGCACCGACCGGCAGAUCCGGCUGCAGCUGGCCGUGCAGACCCUGCAGCUGUCCUCGCUGGCCCCCGCGUCCCCCGGGCCGGACGCUGAGCCCCACCACCACGAGGGUGACCGCAGGGAGGAGGAGGAGGAAGAGGCCGUGGGGAGGACCCGCUUCGACCGGCUGGAGAAGUUCUGUCGCUUGAUCGGCGAGGAUUGCCUGGGUCUGUUCCUCGUCUUCGGGGCGCCGGGGAAGCCCAAAGACGUGCGGGGGGUGGUACUGGACAGCGUGCGGGGCGGGGCACCCCGAGGGGAGGCCGUGGCGCGGUUCGUCCUGGAGACCGAGGCCUGCGUCCCCGUCCGGGAGCUGCUGGGCCGCUGUCUGCAGGGCCGCGGGGAGAUGAGGCAGGUGGGCAAGGCCUACAUCCGCCUCUGAGCGCCCGCGGGGGCGGGCGGGGGGCUCUGUUCCCACCCCCAGCUCCUGGCAGAGGGCAGAAGUGGCCCUGGCCGGGCGGGGUCAGGGCCCAGCUGUCCCGAAUGCCAGCCUACCUCCACUCCAGCGCACCGAGCAAAAGGACUUCGUCUCCCCCGGGGUCUGCCUUGGGGGCUUCUGAGGUCGCUCUCAGGCCGGGCAAAAUAAAAGAAGGAAACGUCUUGUUUGAAGUAGCACCUGCGGACUGGGGAUUGUCACAGGGGUCGUGGAAGGGCUGGGCCAGCCCCGGGCAGGCGGGACUGUGUGUCCCCUGGUAUUGCUGCUCUCGGUGACGGCUCCCGGCACAGCUGGCACUGCCUGGCUGCCUCUGCCCCCGGCCCGGCCCUGGAGCCCUCGGCAGGGGGCCUGGGGGUGCGCUGAGUGCGAGCAGACCAUGAGCUCUGCCCCAAGGCCACCCCGGGAGCCUGGGGAGGACGGACAGCGGCUGCACCUGCAAAUGCUGCUCCCAGCGGACGGGUGGGCCGGAAGGCAGGGAAGGGACAGAGCCCCAGGGAAGCUGCGAGUCUGCGUGGGCCUCGGCGCUGCCGGCCACCGUCUCCGAGUGUCAGGGCACCGGUGUUUGUCCUGUCCUGUGCAGUCUUGGGACCAAGUCCCGUCCAUGGGGCGGGGAGAGUGUGUGUGUGUGUAUGUGUGUG